GCCACUUUCUUGGAGGAAGGACAAGCGCGUGUAUCAUGUCGCCUUUCAGUCUUCGUUGGUGUAGUUUCUAAUAGCUACAUACUUACGCUUCACUAUCCUUGAGACGACAUCUUCGCUGCGCAAGAUAGGCCUUGCGGCGCUCGGCUUCAGGCAGCCCUUGCAUCCCAACUCCCGCUGCGCGCCGGAACGCUCACGACCACAAUGUUCCUCCCAGCAUCGCAAUCUCGCAGCGCGACGCCAACAAUCCCACCCGUUUACGCACACAAUGGCUUCAUGCGGCACCUCGGGCAGGCUGGGCGGUACGACGAGAACUGGAGCAGUCUUAUCGGCAUCGUCACCGCUAUCGUCGGCAACGUGCUGAUCUCCUUCGCGCUGAAUAUGCAGCGGUAUGCGCAUAUUAAGCUGGACAGGGAGUGGCAGGAGAAAGAGAAGCAGCGGAAGAGGCGGAAUAAGAGUGGAGCGAGUUUAGCACGAUUGGCUGAGGAUGAGGAGGGAAGGAAACGCAGCGGCGGAAGCCAGGGGAAUGGGAGGCAGAGCACAGAAGAAGAUCCUCUCCUCCCGGAUAAUGCGGACGAGGGGAGUCCAAGGGGUGUUGAAAGGGCGGGUACGGACGAGGGCGCGUUCAAGCAGAAAUCCUACCUCAAAUCCACAUACUGGUGGCUCGGCAUCAUCCUCAUGACCAUUGGCGAGGCCGGGAAUUUCCUCGCGUAUGGGUUCGCACCCGCGUCGAUUGUGAGCCCGCUCGGUGUCGUGGCGCUGAUUUCGAACUGCAUCAUCGCGCCGUUCAUGCUGAAGGAGCGGUUCCGCUGGCGCGAUGCUGCAGGCGUCAUCGUUGCGGUGGGCGGCGCGGUCACGGUUGUGCUGUCUGCGAGCGAUAACAAUCCAAAGCUCGGGCCGGAUGAGAUUUGGAAGUUGAUUAAGAGGUGGGAGUUUGAGACGUAUCUGGGGAUUACCAUCGGUGUUAUUGUUAUCUUGAUGAUUGCCAGUAAUCGGUACGGACAGAAGAACAUCUUGAUCGAUCUGGGGCUUGUUGGGCUGUUUGGUGGCUUCACGGCUCUGUCGACAAAGGGCGUUGCGUCGCUGCUCUCAUACACGCUUUGGCGCGUUAUCACGUUCCCGGUGUUUUACCUCCUGGUUGCGAUUCUGGUUGGUACGGCGGUCAUGCAGAUCAAGUACAUCAACCGGGCGUUGCAACGAUUCGACGCUACGCAGGUUAUCCCGGUCCAGUUCGUCAUGUUCACCCUAUCAGUCAUCCUUGGAUCUGCCAUCUUGUACCGCGACUUCGAGCGCACGUCCGGCGACGACGCAGGAAAAUUCGUCGGCGGUUGCGCCCUCACGUUCUCAGGCGUCUGGCUCAUUACCAGCGGCCGGCCACGCAGACACGUUGACGAUGACGAGGACGAUGAAGACGACCGCGAACCUGAAUCAGGAGAAGCGAUCAAUCUCCACGGCGACCGAUAUCGCGACUCAAUCGAUAGCACGAGCUCCAGCCAUUCAUCCUCCUCUACAAUCCGCCCGGCGUCCCCACCUCUCGACAUCCUCGAAAUCAACCCUCUCUACCAAGACGAAACCCGCCCAACAACACCAAUCAUCAAACUCAGCACCCCCGACCCCUCCACCCCGCCGCGCCGAACAUACACCUCGGAAGCGCUCGACUCCUUGAUACAAAACCCGUGGUCCCAGCCUCCCGACCGCAACACCUCAAGCCCCAAGCCCUCAAUCAGCAGACACACCUCCACGCCCGUAUUGCCGAGUGAAGCAACACCUCCGCCCUCGAACCCCACCUCGAACCUAGCAGCUACGCCGUCUGAGCCAACGCUAGCCAGCACCCCAAUGCCACGCACGCCCACGCGCGGCAAAAGCCACGACGAACUGCCCUCCACGCCAGGGACGUCGCAAUCGAACCUUGAUCCUGGGUUACGACGCUUGCGCACGAAUGAGCGGCAGCGCGGCUCGAUUCCGGGGCCGCUACUCGCUUCGCCUUUAUCUACGUCUCUGAGCGCUUUGGUGCAGGAUCUGAAGCGUGGCGGAAGCGUACGCAUGCGUGCAGGUGAGAGCAACGGCGAGGGCCGACGGCAGAGCGUCCUCGGUCUGGGGAGCACGGAGACCUCGGAUGAUAUGUUUGGCGAGCCGCUCAGCAGACGAAGCACACAAGGCGUUGGCGCUGAGAGGGGGAGUGAGAGGCCUGGUGGGAGGGGACGCGGGAUGAGUGGCACGCUGGAUGAGCUCUGGAGGGGGCUGAGGGGGCAGAGUAGUAGAGAGGAUGUUGAUGGUGAGCAGGGGCUGCAGAGAGAGGGUGGCGAGGGGAGUGGGGAGAGGUGACGAUCGUAAGGAACAAGAAAUGUUGGAAGGGCUAAAGGGCCGAGUUGUUACUGCCUUUGUCUUGUGUUGCAUAGCUUGCGAUCUUUCAGGCUUUUAGAGGCAUAAUCGAUGAGUGUGGCUAGUGAAUAGAUUUAUAAUUUCUUCUGCGAAA